UUAGAGCAUGACAGGAAAGAAUCAAAUCGUUGUCUCAGAGUUCCUCCUCCUGGGCCUGCCCAUCGAGUCAGAGCAGCAAAACCUGCUCUAUGCCCUGUUCCUGACUAUGUAUGUUACCACCGUCCUGGGGAACCUCCUCAUCAUCCUCCUCAUUUGCCUGGACUCCCAUCUCCACACACCCAUGUAUUUGUUUCUCGGCAAUUUGUCUUUCUCUGACCUCUGCUUCUCCUCUGUCACAAUGCCCAAAUUACUGAAGAACAUGCAGAGCGAAGUCCCAUCCAUCCCCUAUGCUGGCUGCUUGACCCAAAUAUACUUCUUCCUGUUUUUUGCAGACCUAGCAGACUUCCUCCUUGUGUCCAUGGCCUAUGACCGCUAUGUGGCCAUCUGCUUCCCCCUGCACUACACCACCAUCAUGAGUCCCAAGCUCUGUCUGUCCCUGGUGGUGCUGCCCUGGGUGUUGACCAUGUUCCAUGCCAUGUUACACACUCUGCUCAUGGCCAGAUUAUCUUUUUGUGCUGAUGUGAUCCACCACUUUUUCUGUGAUAUGUCUGCUCUUCUGAAGCUGUCCUGCUCUGACACUCGAGUUAAUGGGUUGGUGAUAUUUGUUAUUGGUGGACUCAUCAUCAUCAUCCCGUUCUUACUCAUCAUCAUGUCCUAUGCACAAAUUAUCUCCUCCAUCCUCAAGGUUCCUUCUGCCAGGGCCAUCUGCAAAGUUUUCUCCACCUGUGGCUCCCACCUCUCUGUGGUGUCCCUGUUUUAUGGGACAAUCAUUGGUCUCUACUAAUGCCCAUCAGCUAGUAAUUCUACUGUUAAGGAGACUGUCAUGUCUAUGAUGUACACUGUGGUGACCCCCAUGCUGAACCCCUUCAUCUACAGCCUGAGGAACAGAGACAUGAAGGGAGCCCUGGGAAGAGUCUUUUG